AGGCGGUGGGAUUCAGUGAGAAACACAGGAAGCGCCCCAAUGAAUUUCUGACAGAGGAGGAAUGUCGAGUUUGCUCACCAAAAUAUCCAACUGAAACAUUAUUUUUCAUCCAGUAGGCAGUGGAAUCAUAGAUUUAGUUAUCAUACUAUCAUAUUGCUGAACCCACUCCAGUGAAGUUUCUAGAAACAAAUCAACAAAGAUGCUGAUUAAAGUGAAGACACUCACUGGCAAGGAGAUAGAGAUUGAUAUAGAGCCCACAGAUAAGGUGGAGCGGAUUAAAGAAAGAGUGGAGGAGAAAGAGGGGAUCCCUCCUCAACAGCAGAGGUUGAUCUACAGUGGAAAACAGAUGAACGAUGAGAAAACGGCUGCGGACUAUAAAAUCCAGGGAGGCUCUGUUCUACACCUGGUACUCGCCCUGAGAGGAGGACUCGCGCUCUACCAUCCCAGAAGCCUCUGCUCUGAACCUGCACUGUAGCCGUCACUACAAAACAUGCCUUAGUUGUUGCCAUACCUACGCAAAGCAAGUACACUGAAGACACAGCCACCGGUUGUGGAAUCACCAGGUGGGAUUGUAGGCGAUACAGAACCACUGGUAGAAAUAAUCAGACCGGGUUCUACUUUGGCAGCCACUUCUCUUCAGCCAAAAAGUGUGUCGGCUGCAAACAUCUCCCCUACUGUAAUAUUGCUGCGUUGAGGCGCUCCACAUGUUACAGCUGCACUAGCAGCAAAGAUAAUUCAAAAUCGUAAAAAAAAUAAACAGCUUCGGCUCAGAACCCAGAGCUAAUUUGGCUGCUGCAGAAGCUUUUGUACGCUGUUCAAGCCUUUCUCGUGUUUUCAGAGUUUCACAGCGGUUAUUUAUCUUUGUUCCGGUGGUAAUGUUGUUUUAUUACCUUUUGACUAAGCCAGUCGAGUUUUUUCAGUCUUUGUGCCAAUCGAACAGACCGCUGGCUUUAGACUUGUUGCUGUGUUUAACACACAUAAAUAAGAGUGAUACAGAUCUUCUUGUCUAAGUCCUGUAUAAGAAAUCCAGUAUAUACACCACCAGUCAAAAGUUUGGACACACCUUCUCAUUCAAUGCUUUUUAUUUAUUUGUAUUAUUUCUACAUUUUAUAUUAGUACUGAAGAUUAACACUUUUUUGUUUAUGACAUAAUUUCAUAUGUAUUCUUUUAUAAUUUUGAUGUCUUCAGUAUUAAUCUACAAUGUAGAAAAUAAUUAAAUAAAAAGCAUUGAAUGAGAAGGUGUGUCCAAACUUUUAACUGGUAGUGUACAUCUAUCUAUAUUUCCUAAGGUGUCAGACUACUCCAGUGAAAGGGAAAAGAAUCUUUUGUGAUUUUUGUGUCAGGAAAACCUCACACAACUUUCCAUCUAAUUCAUGGAGCACAUGGUUUGCUUUACACCUACUGGGCAUCGGUGGGAUGACGGUUUAUUUAAUGUGUUAUGGAUGAUAUGUGCUGAUAUUGCAAGAACAGUGGCUUCAGUUUACAUGGAUGUUUUUAGUCCUUAUUUAUGGUUUAAAGAAGCAGUGUUUACUUUCUUAGCUCCAUAUUGCUCCCCCUCAGUGUUCAGAAAUGUGUGAAACUGAUUUAUGCUGUGGAUUAAUUUGCCGGUAGAAUAAACUUAACGUUCAAAAUGCA